AAGCUGGAUGUGAAAUGGUUCUGGGCUGGCGGGAGGAAGGCAGUCGGUGAUCGUUCAGGGAACAAUGAUGCCGUUCAACCACAAACGCCAGGACACCCUCAUUGAAAUGUCUUCUUCUCCCGGGGAGGAGACGGGAGGUGAAGAUAAUGGGCCUUACUAUGAUCCGUCCAAUGGUACCAGAGAAGGAGAAAUUCCUGGCAAUUCUGAGGUACUAAGCACUACAACAGAGACUGCUUCUCUCAUCUCUGGUCCUCCAAAGAUGAUUGAUAAACAGAUCUACAGCAAAGACUCGGUCUUCUUUUGUGAUGGAAUUAGGAGGAUUGACUUCAUCCUCUCGUAUGUGGAUGAUCCUAAGGAUGGAGAAAAGAAAAUGGAAAGAAGAAAAGAAUUUGAAGAAAAUCUGCUGAAGACAGGUCUUGAACUUGAAACUGAAAAUAAAGACGAUUCGGAGGAUGGCAAGACUUACUUUGUGAAAAUCCACGCUCCUUGGGAUGUGCUGACUAUGUAUGCAGAGGUUAUGCAUAUUAAGGUGCCAAUAAAAGUCAACGAUAUUCCACAAGCAAGGGAAAACCCUUUUGACUGGAUGCUGAAGCCAUUCCGUCUUGAUCCAGCAAUAAUGAACCCAGAACCCGAUUAUUUCACGGCACCUUUCAGCAAGCAGCGGCAGGAACUCUACUUGAUCAAUAAUCCAGAGACCUUCUUCUCACCUUCUACCCGUAACAGGAUUGUGUAUUAUAUUCUUUCUCGAUGCAAGUACACAACAGAAGAUGGAAAGAAGAAAAUUGGGAUUAAGAGGCUGCUGAACAAUGGCACGUACACUGCUGCCUUCCCACUGCAUGAUUGUAGGUACUGGAAGAAAUCCCAUGAUCCCAAGAGCGAGAAUGAGCGAUUCACAUUAUAUAAACAGUGGGCUCGUUUUGGUCAGUUCUACAAGGAGCAGCCUCUUGACCUCAUCAGAAAAUACUAUGGAGAGAAGAUUGGAAUAUAUUUUGCCUGGCUUGGUUUUUAUACAGAAAUGUUGGGAAUUGCAGGCGCUGUUGGCUUCAUCUGCUUUCUGUAUGGCUGCAUCACCAAGGAUCGAAAUAUAUGGAGUGAUGAAAUCUGUGAUGCAGAGAUUGGAGGAAAGAUAAUCAUGUGUCCUCUUUGUGAUAAAUGUGACUUCUGGAGGUUAAACACUACCUGUGAAUCAACCAAGAAUACUCACUUGUUUGACAAUGCAGCUACGCUGUUUUUUGCAGUUUUUAUGGGAAUUUGGGUGACCCUGUUCCUGGAGCUGUGGAAGCGGCGGCAGGCCAAGCUGGAGUACGAGUGGGACCUGGUGGACUUUGAGGAAGAGCAGCAGCGGCUCCAGAUCCGCCCCGAGUACGAGUCAAAGUGUACACACCGCAAGAAAAACCCGGUUACUCAGGAACUAGAGCCUUACAUUCCGAUAUCGAAUCAAGCAUUUCGUUGUUGUUUGUCAGGGGCUACAGUCCUGUUUUGGAUCUUUUUAAUCCUGAUCUGCGUUAUUGCCGUCAUCGUGUACCGCCUCUCCAUGUAUGCCUCUUUUGCCAAGUUCACCGUGAGCAUGAAGGAAGUAAAGUACAUCGGCACGUUGUUCACACCGCAGAUGGCUACAAGUGUCACCGCCUCUGUACUGAACUUCAUCAUCAUCAUGAUCCUGAAUUACUUCUAUGAGAAAGUAGCAAUCUGGAUCACCGACCUUGAGAUCCCCAAAACUCACUUUGAGUAUGAGAACCGACUGACCAUGAAAAUGUUCCUCUUUCAGUUUGUUAACUACUACUCCUCGUGUUUCUAUGUUGCCUUCUUCAAAGGCAAGUUUAUUGGUCACCCUGGAGAAUACAACUAUCUGUUUGGGUCAUGGAGGAAUGAAGAGUGUGACCCUGGUGGAUGCCUGAUUGAACUGACUACCCAGCUUACCAUCAUCAUGGCUGGCAAACAAAUCUGGGGCAACAUCCAGGAAUCUUUCUGGCCCUGGAUAAAAAAUUGGUGGGUGAGUCGAAAUGCCAGGCAUCAUCCGGAGCGACUGUACUCCCGCUGGGAGCAGGACCAUGACCUACAGGACAUGGGCCAGCUCGGCCUCUUCUAUGAAUACUUGGAAAUGGUUAUCCAGUUUGGUUUUGUUACUCUUUUCGUGGCCUCGUUUCCUCUGGCUCCCGUUCUGGCUCUGCUGAACAACAUCAUUGAGAUCCGUGUGGAUGCGUGGAAGUUUAUCACGCAGUUCCGGAGGCCAGUGGCAUCAAAGGCUCACAGCAUAGGGAUCUGGCAGCAGAUACUGAAUGGCAUUGCUAUCUUAUCUGUCGUUACAAAUGCUUUCAUCGUGGCUUUUACUUCUGAUAUGAUCCCACGUUUGGUGUACAAAUACGCAUAUUCUACAAAUGGUGACCUGCCAAUGAAAGGAUAUAUCAAUAACAGUCUUUCAAUUGCCGACACUUCUGUCUUAAAAGCUGAAUCAUUAACAUCAUCAUAUAGUAGCAUUGAAAUCACAUCGUGCAGAUACAAGGAUUAUCGUUAUCCAUCAGGACAUAAAUUUGAAUUCCAGCACACCAUGCAAUUCUGGCACAUUUUGGCUGCAAAAAUGGCAUUCAUUAUCAUCUUGGAGCACGUCGUCUUUCUGGUGAAGUUUACAGUUGCAGCUUUAAUUCCUGAUGUCCCAGGGGAGGUGAAGGAUCGAAUCAAACGAGAGAAGUAUUUAACGCAGAAGAUACUACAUGAGUAUGAGCUCAACAAACUGAGGGCAAUGCUUGCUGGGAAGGAAAACAUUGUGGUCAACAAGGAGGUGUCAGUGCAUGCGGAGAGAGUGGAACUGCUGAGUGAGGAGCUGUAAUCCAUGCUGUGUCUGUUUGGGAAUGUUCGAAAACAAGAAUGUUUUAGUUGUUAUGGAAUAAAUCAAUUAAUUCAGUUCUUUUUAACAAGGAACAAUGUGCUAAGAUGACGUGCAUUUAGCUCCAGUAAUCACCAUGUCACUGGCACUGAUUCAGUUACCGCCCUAUACUACCGUCUUGAUAAGGACACAGUUUCAGUCUGAUCCCUGUACAGGGUCUCCGUCAAGGCAGUGUCUUAAUCCUCCUGCUAACAGCUUCUGAUAUAAUCAUUAUUUGCCUUUGUUCUAUGGCAAAAAAACUUCUAAUGUGAAUGGAGCCUUCCAAAAUUUUGUCACUUUGGAUACAUUGAAAAGUUCCUAUUUAAGAUUAGGAAGAAAGAUACUAGGAUGCAUUUUAAAGAUGUAUUGUAAUUAUUAUGAAAACCAAUGCAAACUUUUGGAUGCAAUGUUCCGUUGAUUUCUUUCUCUAUUUAAGCUAUAUUUUUUUUCUAUUUGAUCUUUAUUUGUUUAUUCCAUCUACUGUCUGUAAAAAAAUUUGCCACCUUGGCAAUUUUACCCUUAGCACGCAUCACUAUAACAAAACUAAACCGAACUCUUGCAAGAUAUAUUGCAUUAGAUUGUGACCCUCGAACCAAGAAAGUAAAUAAUACUGCUGUAUUUGGUGCCUAGAUGGUAACUACUGAUCUCCUGUGAGAUAUAUUGCAUAUAAUUUUUGGGUUAAAUAGCUGCAAAAAAAUCUCUCUUUAAAAAAUAUACAGUUCCUAAUAAUCUUUUACAAUUAAUUUUUAACACAGACUGAAUAGAAAAACCAUCAGGUCAUUGGGAGUAACCCAACAGCAGAGGCUAUAAAUAGCCCAUGAAUUUAAUCUUUAUGGUAAUAUCAAAGGCUGCUUAUUACUUGUAUAAGUACCGGGAGAAUACAAAAUUAGAAAUUGUCCCUGAAGUAAGGAGAGUCCAAUAUCAUAGAGAAUGGGACCAUUUCUCUAUUGGAAGCAUUAUAUGAAAUAUACAGCAUAGAUUUACUCAUUGGUUUUCUCCUGCGAUUAUUAUGCUUGAUGAUGCAGACUUGGGUAUGUUAAGUACACCCUUAUAAAAUUCUAAUUUCAAAGUGUUUACAUUGUACUGUUGCAGACAGUGAGGUUUGAUAAGGGUUUCUGCCAUAGUUGAGGCAGAAGUGACCACCACGAAUCUGAGCUGCCAAUCAAAAGAAGCGUUAAUGCAUCAUCUGUCCUACGAAGGCUCUGACUGUUGCCCGUUGGGAAUUCCUACCUCGGUAUCUCACACCUGGUUGCUGUGGUUUUUCAGUGCACAUGGUCCUCAACAUCUGGUGCUUCAACAACACAAGUGGCAGAGACAACUAUAGAAUGUGUAUUUGCCCAUUCUCAGUGUAAUUUGCAUGGGGUCACUUCUGUAGUAAAUUGAAGGAUGGUGUUUGGACCUGGUGAUUUUGCAACCCCUAUUUAAUGUUUGCCCACUCAGCAUAUCAUUUGCUGCAAAAUUCAUAGGGAAUAGGAAAAAAGAUCAAGUCUAAUCACUUUUGCAAUAAUUGUCAAAAAGUAUCAUUAAGGGCUGAUGAAAAUCCUAGAAUUUUGAUUGGUUCUGGUAAAAAGGCUCAAGAUUCCAUUUGCCUCAUCAACAGCUUAAUUGACUUGAACUUCAGCACCAAUUAGGGUGUUUAGUGCUUGAUGUUAACAUCAGUGCAAUGUAUUCUGUCCCUAAAAUUCACAGACUUGUGUUGAAGACAUAAUAAAGCUUUUGGAUCUAAUGACCAAGGUUGAGUUUCAAGGUAAAUUAAUCUCCAUGGCCUUAAAUCUGGAAUAGCCCUCUUUGCACGCUCCAACCAUGUUCUGCUUCAAAUACCGGUGCUCAUUCAGCCUUUUGCAGAGUUUUGAAAUGCUCUUUUAGUAGAGUAUUAGUAAAGUUUGUAUUAAUACCUUCUCGAUACACUCUGCACUAACAUCGCCUCACUUGAUAUGCAACCAUCAGACUGUGAUCGGAGUCCUAUUGUCCUUAAACAUUCAGAGCAAGAACACUGAGUGUGUAAGCAUGUGAAUUUAAUAAGUACACAAAGCCAGUCUAAAGUAACACACUAAUGAAUGUAGUUUAUGGAGCUUGUGACAGUUGUGUCCUAGCCUUCCCCUUCUCUUGAAGAAAAGAAGAUUCCAAACAGCUGGGCAAGAUUCUUGCCAGCAUGCCAAGUUUAACUUCUCUACUGCUAAGAACUCAGCUUCUGCAGUCACAAUGCUACCCCCCCCCCCCCCCGCAGACAAUAUAGCAGUGUUUUCCUUUACUAUAUGAACUGUUACAUAAAGGCUAAGACUUUAUCUAACUUUAUGAAGAAGGCUAAUGAAUAGCACAUAAUAGGUACAUGGAGGUAGAAAUUCAUCCUCGGUCACUCAAUCACUCUGCGUCUGAACUGUUGCUCCAUUGAAGGUGCUGUAGAAAAUCAGAUUUUGGAAGCAGAAAACAGAAUGUAUUUGCCACUACGUUGAAUUAGUGACUUUGGACAAAUUUCUGUCUCCAUGCUGUAGUGAGAAGAAGGUUGAAAGUUGUUGUUCUAGCUUUAAUUAAUGAAAAUUGCACUUUGAAUGUAUUACCCAUUCCUGAGGAGUUGAUUUCAAAAUUGUGAAGCAUGAUAGGAUAUUACAAAUACUGGCAAUGGUCUGUUUUGUUUUGAUUAACUCUUUGUUGUUGAGUUUUUCAUAUCAGCACUUAUGUUAACAUCAACUUUAGUUGCUCUUGUUCACAAUCCCAUUGUCUCUGAACUCUAAACCUUCCACAGUUACUUGUUUUACUGUGAAGCUGUACCUGAAUUUUGUGCUCUGCUGGUCACUCAUUCAAAUGCUUUCUUUUUGUCUGGCUGGCCAAUACAGGUUUAGGUGAAAAAUAAUGAAAUGGUAUUUUUAAAUUAUUCAUGCAACCUAAGUUGCAUGAAUUUGUCUCGAGUUAGAUUAGUAAUACUGUAAGACUUUUUUUUCAGUCAUGUCUGUAUACUGGCUAGAAAACCAUUAUUUACUGAUUUUCUAUUGUUGCAUAUCUAUGAAAUCAUUUCAUCAUAUUAGAAAUAUGAAGCCAAAGAAAUGUUGUCAAAUAAGACUUUGCAAUACACUGGCGUCAAAAUGUACAGAAUUAUACCAGUUUCACUAGUCAUCAGCACUAAAAGCUAAUCACAGAAAUUGGUUGUGUAUUUGACUGUUAGUAUGGAGGGGAGAAAAGUUCGACAUUUAAGUGCUAAAAUUGAGUGCAAUUCUCCCCCCCCCCUCAUGUCCCUUUUACAAAUCUAAAUGGUCAGCUGAGUUUCUUUAGUCUCCCAAAACAAUAUUUCAAAACAUUUGCACUAUUACAAUAAUCUGAUAUUAAUGCAGUCUUAGAAUUAGAAGUGAGCCAAAUAAAAAAUACAUUAACAUCACUAAAUGUCAAGGAAUUUGAAGCAAUUGGAUGUUGUUUUGGUGACUUGAAAGCAUGUAUUUCACAUAUUUUCAUAAUUGUUGUAGGCAUUAAGUAUGUCAGUAUCUAAUCUUGUAACAAUUACUUGACGUUAUUAUUAAUGUAAUCAACGGUAACAUAGAUGUUUAAAUGAAGCAUUUUGUAAGAAAACCAAACACAGGUGCCUUCCUCAAAGAACAUAAAAUAUUCAUGUAACUGAUACGUGAGGGAGGACUUUUAGUUAUGAUUAUUGUUUGUAUUCUUCUCCUGUACAUUCAGUGCCUUUGAAGUCAACGCAAGCAAAUGGUAGAAGGUGAAUACUACUGCUAGCAAAGUUUUAUACGCAUUUAGUGUGUGCAACAAAAGAUAAUCUUUCCUGUCUCACCAAUGCAGCCACAUGCUAAACAUCUUUACAGCCUGUAAAGCAUAGAUUCUAAAGCUAUCUUAGGUACAUUUGUACUUUGUCAAUCAGUUUCUAGUUGAGCAAAAUUAUUUUCCUUUUAAUCAUGCUGGGAUGGAUGUACCUUUCUCAAAAUUACCGUAAGCCAUAUAUAAUGUACACACUCAGUUACCUGUAUGGAACAGUAUUAUCCUCCUUUGUGAAAGCUGUUGCUUCUUGCUUUACACAACCAGAUACACUGAAUAGUUUUGACUUCCGGAUGAAAUGCUUGGAAGUGAGAGCUGAAAAUGAUGAUGUACUUAUUGAGUUUCUGCUAAGUUAUCUGGUUAUCUGUAUAUUUAAAGAAAAUCAACUGAAGUAAAUUGAGAAAAUGUAAUAAUCUACUUAGUAAUACAUUUUUUAUUGUUUUGUAUAAUGCGUCUGGUGUAUUUUUAUGAACUCACUUAUGCACAGAAGGUGGGAUUUCCUCCUUUAGCUCCAAAAUAACUUAAUUGCAGAUAUUUUAGUGAUGCUCAGUAUUGCUAGUUUAUAGUUUCAGCAGAUUUCUUUCUUGUAAGACCAUGUUUGCCUUCUACAUUGCAUAGUCCUGUUUAUUCAGAAUUAUUGCAUAACAGACCUACUCUGUACCCGACUUGAAUGAAACAGUAUUUUACAAAUGCCA